AUGGACAUGGGUAUAAAUCUGAAAGUUACCACUUCUCCAGAGAAAGUCAUGCUGGAAAACAUCACAGGAGGCGUGUCUCUUACUAUUGAAAGGCAAAGGGUCGAUGCAAGAAGAUCUAUUUGCCAUUCCUACGGUGUUUAUGGAAUAGUCACCAUCUCCAAGUCCUCUUAUCUUAUUCUAGUUGUAGAUGCUAUUAUGAGAGGGAUGAUGCAUGAUCAUGUUGUGUAUGAAAUCAAAGAUGUAGAAAUAAUUCAGCUGAAAAGAGGUAGCUCAGAGAACUUUAGAAAUGAAAUGAGGGCAGUCAGGAGAUUCCUUGGUGGGAACGGAGUCUACUUCAGCACGUAUCCUCUUUAUAAGGCCAUGUCUGCAAAGAAGGAUGACGAUGUGGACUUUCUCUUCAAUUCACUACCACUUCAGAAGUUCGUAAAGCACGCAGGUGGUCAAAGCACCUUGUUUUCUAUAUACUGCAUACAAGGGUUUUUUGGAUCGGUAGAUGUCGGGCCAAUAUGCCUAAGACUGAUUUCAAGGAGGUCCUGGAGAAGGACUGGCGCCAGAUACUUCUGUAGAGGGUCAGAUACAACGGGCUAUGUCUCAAACUAUGUGGAGACGGAACAAAUCGUGUAUGAGGGGGAGAAAGCAACGUCGUUUCUCCAAGUGCGGGGGUCUAUUCCUCUGAUAUGGGAGCAUGCUCUUGGAAGGGAGUACAACCCAAAAAUAAUCAUAAGCAAUCAAAAAGUGCUUCAUAUAGCAGACAAGGUUCUAAGAGAUAAGUACGGUGACGUUCUGUACCUGAAUCUUAUAAGAAGCUCUGGAUACGAAGGGAACAUACAUUGUGCAUAUAAAAACGAGCUCCUUGGAAACAACAAGAAAGGUGUGCACUUUAACUUUUUUGAGGAAGGAGGCAUUGUUCAGGGGAGUACACGAGAAAAGUUCUUGGGCUUAAUAGAAGAGGCGGUUACCUCUUUUGGAUACCACGGGUUUGGGAAGUUGCAAAGUGGGGUCAUCCGCACAAACUGCAUCGACUGCUUAGACAGAACGAACAUCUCUCAGUUUGUCAUUGGAGAACUCAUGUUUGAGAAGCAGAUUUCCCAUUUCAAUAUUGAGAGCAAAGAACAUUUAUUUGAGCAGCUGAAAAAUCUGUGGUACAAGAAUGGAAACUCGCUCUCGAUGCAAUACUCAGGCUCAUUUGCCCUGAAAAGCCACUUCCUCUCCAGGAGGGAGCAGGGUGUUAUUGACAGGAUGAAGGAUGGAGCAAUAGGGUUACACAGAUACUUUGUAAACAGACUCUGCCAUGGAAGUCUCCAAGUUACAUACGAAAUCCUCACCACCGACCUCGAGGGAAAGAGCAUAAGCUCGUACAGAGACAACAUCAGAGCCAUAAAGACACUUUUCUUGAUACUGGUGUUAACCACCUGCACUGCCUCGUGGGCGUUGACUGGGAUUUUCGUUGCAUCGUUCUUCUUGAGCGUGCUAACAAUCUCCGCUAUUACUGUAGCCAUUAUAGUUGUAUUCUUAGACUUCCUUAUUCAGAAGCCUAAGGGCAGAAGGCGCCAAUAA